UUGGAAGUUGUUGUGAAAAAAGUAUCGCUCGCAAUGAAUCAAAUGAUCUGGGAUUGGUCCAUUUUAUCGGCACGGGAUUUUUAAAAAAUUCUUGUAGUAACAACGGAGCAAAGCUUCGCUGCCAAGAGUGUAACUUAUGUAUCAAUCUUGCAGGAAAUUUCAGACCAAGGUCGUGAGGUUAGAACUCUUCGAGUUGUGCAAAGCGUGUCAAUGUGGGCACUGUGAUUAGCUAUCAAUGUGGGCCUAAGCGUGCAGACAGCCCAAUGGAGCUCCUUCGAAUGAAGCUGUGAAUAUCGGUGCCACUCUUUGGCAAGCACUGGGUUACAUCGAUUAUUACAGCGUCCUGUUGACAAAUAUGUCACUGCGACUCCUUGGCGAUGACUAAGUCGCAUUGAUAUUCACUGCCUGCUAUUAACAGCCUCUGCAGACGUCGGUUCGACUUGUGUGCAGACAUGGAGACAUACUUCAGGUAGUGUUGUUAUAGUAAUUCGUGUUGUUACCAACGACCUGGUAGGAAACGGUCAUCACGAACGCCACAAGUAAGCACCAGAACAUCCGCCUCUUCAACCUCAAUAAAAAAUCUAACAAAUCGAAGCAGGUGUGAUUUCAUCAAGAAACGGGGUCCGGUUAGGCUUGCGCCAGAAGACCCAGGGUUGGGUGCGUGAGCAGCAAUCAGAAUUAUGGUAGGCGUGAGUGGUAAGCAAUCUGUAGGUAUUAGUACCAUGUUGGAGCAUGCGUGCUUCACUGUUAGUUUGAACUACAAAGCGUUGAGGGUAGGGAGUGCUUUAGAUCCAUUGCAUUUUGUAACGCUAGUGGAGCGGUGACAAGGGUUCACUACUUCCUUUCAGCUUGAGAGUCCUAAUCGCCACAGGCUUACGCACCAUCGCGCAAGAUAUAAUUUGGAGUACGCCUUCAGUACAUUUAGCAAUUCCAUGUCGUGAUGCCAUAAGCACGGCAGUGAUCGUGAAGAUGAAGUGGAUCAAUCACAUGAGCUUGCGCUGGCUGAUCAUGAGUAUCGUGCUCAUGAUAAUGCUUGCAUCAACUGCCAGCGCUGGCUCGGUGGUAAUUGAUCAGCAAGACAAGGAUGGGAUUUGCGGGCGCACCACUUGCCCAAUCCCCGGACACGUGCUGAGCUCGACGGGGGUGCAUGGGUGCACGGGCUUGGAGGAGCGCAUAGGGCGGGCACCCGGAACUCUUGGGUACGUGAGUUACAAGAACGUGUGCGCCGGUGGCGAGUUCAGCAUCGACUGGCGCAUCUACCCGCUGCGCCUGCAGUUCCGCAACAGCGCCGGUGACUUCCAGGAGUGCCUGCUCGCGUCUGACCUCAGGCCUCAGGGUUUCCCAACCCUCCCUGAUUCUGCCCGGCGCUACUUCACGUGCAACAUGGGAUAGGUGAGCGAUCAAUGUCAGUGGCGUUAUAAAUCAAACAGCAAUAGCACAGAUCGUUUGGGAAAAUGCUGUGUGGAGUCACAGCUUUGUGUAUUUCUUGACGGUAGUUUAGUUGGGAUAUUGUUUAUAGCUUCUCUAUAAUGUGUGCCUGGGUGGGCAUGCAUCCGGGGUUUUAAUGAAGACCAUUACGUGCACACUCAAGUAGUGGCACUGUUGAAAUAAUGCUAGAGAUAGAGAUGAUUUUAUUGAGAUGGGAUUUGCUUAUAUACACAACUAGUCUCACUUUGGCUACCACCUUUAUUCUAAACCUAA